GUGUGUCUGGAAGUGAUCGUUUCUAUGGCCGAUGAGAAGAAAGCGCAGCAAGCCUCCAAGAAGGGCGCUAAGAAAAUCAUCAAGAAGGCGCCGGGGAAAGCCGGCAAGAGAAGGAAACGGUCCAGGAAAGAAAGUUACGGCAUCUACAUCUACAAAGUGAUGAAGCAGGUUCACCCCGACACCGGCAUCUCCUCCAAGGCGAUGAGCAUCAUGAACUCGUUCGUCAACGAUAUUUUCGAGCGUAUCGCGGGGGAGGCUUCCCGCCUGGCCCAUUACAACAAGCGCAGCACCAUCAGCUCCCGGGAGAUCCAGACCGCGGUGCGGCUGCUGCUGCCCGGGGAGUUGGCCAAGCACGCCGUGUCGGAGGGUACAAAGGCGGUGACCAAGUAUACCAGCUCUAAGUGAGACCCCACAUUGUGCUGAGAAAACACAUCCAAAACCCAACGGCUCUUUUCAGAGCCACCCACAACUUCGCUGAAACAGCUGAACCAACUUUUUGCAAAUGAUUUUCGGUAUGUAUUAGUAAUGUCAGUCGGCUUUUUAAAAAUAAUGUAAUUGUUUAAGAACUUGAUGUGUGGUCCCUCAUCUGCCCUUUAUUUUAGGUUGCAGCCAUACCCUGUCUCGUUUCCCUGAAUCUGCAAAGAGCAUAAUUAUCUCCAAUGAAUCAUUUAUCAACAACUUCCACUUUUUGAACCACUUUUCGUUUGUAAAUGAUUCUCGGUGUCUAUAAUUAAUGUCUCUAAUCUUUAUCUUUGUUUACACAAACGUUCUAAACAUUAACGUGCGGUCCCUGUCCCUCUGUCGGUUACUUUCGGUUGCCUUCCUACCCAGUCUCUCUUCCCUCCCUGUACAGAAAGCACAUUCAUCGUCACUCAGUCAUUUUUUUUCAACAACUCCUGUGUUCCAGUUAUUAUUUACCCCUUGAUCAGGAAUUUCACCCCCUAGAAAGAAAACUAACUGCUCGAGUCCCAUGAACAGAUCUUGCAGAAUACUUGUCAUUUCAGGAUUUCAGCUGUCGGUGAGAGGCUUUCAAAAUGAGCUGAGAUAAAGCCAGAGCCAGGAUUGCAGUCGCAAGUGUGAAACUGUGUGUUCAAGGAGAAUAUGGGAGGGCAACUUCCAACUAUUGUUUCAAGUUUUAACCCGUUCACCCCGAAAAACGUUGUGUAAGUUUUUAUAAAUACAUCAGCGUGCACUUGUAAUGUGCAAGUGAAUUAAAUUCUAAGAAAAAUUAAACUGUUCAAUCCUCUUUGUAAAACUUUACCCACUAUGUUGAAGGGUUUUUCCAACUUGUCCCAAUAGGGUAUGAAGGCUGGAUUCAUCCGUGGUAAUGAAAAGUUUGAUCGCUUAUUUGAGUCCCAUUAAGAGAAAUGCCGUGCGAUUCCUUUUUCAAUUUCCAAAUCUGUAAGGGAAUUUAUCCGAUUUUUUUUCAGUUUGCAGUGUGUGGGGCUUUCUGCUGUCGGUGAGAGUUUCAAAAUGAGCCGAGACCGACCGGAAAGACUGAUCCAGCACAAUAAGUGAGGGCUAUUUUACCAUGUUUUCUGAAAACGGUGUUGCUUAGGAAGUGACAGAGAUUGUGAAGUGAACAUUUUUAACUGAAAGGAAAUUAAAUCGUAGGCAUGAACGCAAAAAUCCUGGUUAAAAACUCUUGGUCGUAUUGCCCAUGUUGGCGGGCUUUUCAAAUCGGACAGAAAACGGUUUAUGAUUUGGCGCCCGUAUUUUCCUACGGUUUCCACGCAGAGGAAUUUUGUUUUAUUUUCAAAUCUCCCCGCGGGUUCUAUCCGGUUUUGCAGAAAGCUGUAAAUGAGGCUUUCUGUUGUCGGCGGGAAAAUUUCCAAGUGAACCGAGAGGAAAGCAGAACAGCUGCCGGACUGGCAUCGCAAAAGUGGAAAUAUUGUUGAUCUUGUGCAAUCGGGAGAGCGAUUGUAAAAUAUUGUUUAAAGCAGGAAUGCGCUCAACGGGAAAGAAACAGUUGUGAUACUUUUAUCAAUAUAACCGGGUGCUGAUGUGUAAUAAAUUCAAUCUGUGCAGAGAAUAACUUUCGGCGGGCUUUUCUUUCCCGCUUCCACUUAUUCUUCAGUUUUUGCGGGGAAAAAAGAACUUCAAGAUCAAAAAUAGACGGAUUCAACUAGGCCGGGGAAUCAGAGAUUGUGUGAAGUAUACAGUUGUAUUCUAAAAGUAAAUUAUCUGGAAUAUGAACGCAUUCUUCUUUGUAAAUCUUCUACCCGUUUGAAACUAUUGGAUGGCUUUUCGAGUUUGAAAGAAAGCGGUUGAUGAUUUGGUGCCGGGGUUUUCCGGCCUCCUCCCCGGGCCCUCUCCGGAUUGGUGAGUGAAGCAGAUAUCUGAUUGGACAUUGAAACGACAUUAGGAGAUACUGAAAAAUGUGACCAAUCAGCAAUGGCCGCAUCCCCAUUCCUCCCGAAGGUAUAAGAGGGCGGG